AAAAAGAGAAAAUGUAGAGAGUAGAGAAGAAAGGUCGUCGGCAAAUAACGCGUUUCUUUUCAAAAAACGCGGCCCUGAAACUGUGUAUUGUCACCGGCAAGUCACGUGUGUAAAAAGUCAAACCCAUCUAUUUAUACAACUUUGUCUCCUCCCAAAGUCUUUGUUCUCUCAACUCUUAGCUUUUCUGAAAACCAACCAAAAAAGAAAUUAAAUUAGUACAAAAUGAAUGGCAAUCAAAUCCUCCACAAGAUGAAGAACAAGUUGAAGGUGUUUCCCUGAAAAUUAAACGAGAAUGUCUUGUAUACUGAACUUAUUAAAGGCUGUAUUAAUUCUGAAACCUAGCAGUAUAUGGAUUAUCACCAUUGCUGAGAAUGCAUGAUGCAGGUGAAGGCCUUGUUUGGUUCAUCUGCACCCGACACUGGGAAAGGCAAAAGCAAAUUGUUAAAGCAUAUCACACAUGGCUUUCACAUGGUGAAGGGGAAAUCUAAGCAUGCUAUGGAAGAUUAUGUAGUGUCUGAAUUUAAGAAAGUAAGCGAUCAUGAGUUGGGUCUAUUUGCAAUAUUUGAUGGCCAUUUAGGCCAUGAUGUUGCUAAUUACUUGCAAACCCACUUGUUUGACAAUAUCUUGAAAGAGCCUGACUUCUGGAUGGAAACAGAGAGUGCAAUAAAGAGAGCUUACAGUAGAACAGAUGAUGAGAUUUUGGACCAAGUUAUAAAAUUGGGAAAGGGAGGCUCGACCGCGGUUACUGCUAUACUAAUAGAUGGCCGGAAGCUUGUAGUUGCGAAUGUAGGAGACUCUCGUGCUGUCUUAUGCAAGAGUGGUAUGGCCAAACAGCUAUCAAUUGAUCACGAACCAAGCAAGGAAAAACAGUUAAUUGAAAGGCGUGGUGGAUUCGUGUCAAAUCUACCUGGUGAUGUCCCUCGUGUAGAUGGACAGCUUGCUGUAGCAAGGGCAUUUGGUGAUAAGAGCUUGAAGAUACACCUAAGUUCAGAACCUGAUGUGAAAGUAAUAAUGAUAGAAGAAGAUGCAGAGUUCAUAAUUCUGGCAAGUGAUGGAAUAUGGAAGGUAUUGUCAAACCAAGAAGCGGUGGAUGCCAUCAAAAACAUAAAGGAUGCUCAGGCAGCAGCAAAGCACUUGAUAGACGAGGCUCUUUCAAAGAAAAGCAAGGAUGACAUAUCCUGCAUAGUUGUAAGGCUGCAAUAAUAUUUUUAAUAUAUUGUCAAAUAUUUUUUUUCUUUUUUUGGGGUGGGGUGGGGGUGGGUGGGUUUAAGUGGAGGACUGAAUAGCUGUUAUGUGUGUAUAUGAGACAUAUUGUUCCUUUUGUUGGCUGUAAAGAUUGUUUACAACAGUACUGCAUACAACUGGUUAUGAGAACACUGCCACUUUUCUGAAAAGUUGGUACUCUUUUUGA